AUGAAGCAAUCUCAGCUCAAAAUGGUCUUGGCUGCCAUGAUCGUGGCGUUGAUCGCCACCAUGGCCGUCGCUGCUCCCCCUGCUCCCGUCGAGAACCCUCAUACCACUUCGGUCGCAAAGCACCAUACCACCACCAAGCACCAUACCACCACCAAGCCCCACCACCACACCACAUCUACCCAUCACCACGCCAAGCCCAAGAAGACCACGAAGCCCCACAAGCCCAAGACUACCGCCAAGGCGCACAAGUCUACUACGAAGCCUCUCAAGCCCAAGACUACCACCAAGGCGCACAAGCCGGCCACCACCACCAUUGUGCCUACUACCACUGCUCCUCCCACCACUACGGUCACCCCUACGCCCACAACCUCACCCAAGCCCAAGCCCGGCAAGUAUGGUCAGACUGGAACCAUUGUUGACCAGAACGAUUUCUGUAUCUUCUUGCCCCCCACCGUUGGAGGCGACAUUGCCGCCAACGAGGACCGUGCCGUUGCCUUCUGUACCAAGGCCAACAUGCCCGGCGCCCCCGGAGCCAAGGUCCUCCCCAAGGGAUUCAUCAAGUCUGCUCACUUCUCUCGUAACACUGCUGCUGGUUGGGUCCAGAUCACUGGUCGUAUCGACCGUAGCAAGUAUAGCCUCUCACCCGAGGACGGUGGUGGACAGUACGAUAUGCGAGCCCCUGUUGGUGCUUCCUUCAGUGGGUACAAUGCGUUUGUGCAGUUGACUGAGCCUGAUGCGGAGAUCUACUGUAUCCGUGCCUGCACGACCAAGGCUGACUGCCCUGUCAACAAGUCUACCCAUGGAUGUGUUCGCGUCCUUGGUGGUGACUACUCGUAA